AUGGAGCAAGUUCGGUCGACUGAGGCAAACGAUGUUCUGCAAAGCGCGAUGUCAGAACUAUCUGUCCAUCCGCACACAGGGCUCCCGGAUGGAGAUGCCGAACGAACAACCCCGUCCACCCUCGUCGAAACCACACCUGUGCCUUUGACAAUCAUCCCAGACAAGAUACAACGGCCACCGCAGCAACGAGGUCAACGUCAGCUGCAGCUUCUACGCCAGCUCACGCCACGAAUACUCAAGUUCAUGGAUCAGCAGCCGGUCGCUCAACAAGUGCUUACCCAGGUUCGACAGAACAGUACCCUGCCGCUACCUCAGGGCCAGCCUCUCAACUGGCUCGGUCUGAAGCAAUGGGCACAGGCAAAUCCGCAACCAACUAUGCCGAUGGCCACCCUGACGCGUUUCCAGGCCAUGGUCUUCGCCCAAAUGCUAAAGCAGAAGCUAGCCAUAACUGCACAGCUACGCCAGCUCACGCCACGAGUACUUCACCUCAUGGAUCAACAACAGGUUGAUCCACCGACACUUACCCAGAUCCGACAUAAAUGUACCCUGCCGCUGCCUGAGGGCCGAAAUCUCAACUGGCUUGCCUUGAAGCAAUGGGCACAGGCAAAUCCUCAAGGAAGUAUUCCGAUGCCCGCCCUAUUGCGGUUUCAGGCCAUGGUAUUUGUCCACAUGCAAAAGCAGCACGUCGCUCAGCACACCAAGUGGGCAGAAGCACUUCGCGAUAAGAUGGCUCCGACUGCCAAAGCAAGAUGCGAAGCUGUGUGGGCUGGGAUGCUCGCGAAGUUUACAAACCUGGAAUACCAGCAGGACUCAUCCGCCGAAAAGCUGCGGGUAUACUUGGCUGCCGAGGAACGCGCAUUCCUGAAGGAAGACGAGUGGCUAGGCCCUAGGCUGAUGCAAUCGCUGUCACCCUUGCCGGUACUUCAACCGAAUGAGGUGGAACUGCCGCAUAGUGUGCUGUCACCAUUGCCGGUACGUCAACCAAAUGAGGUGGAGCUGCCGCAGAUUCUGCCGGUCUCGCGUCGACUCUCUACUCCUGCGGCCGCCCCAGAUCCUCGCUCUGGAAGCACACAGGUGGCCCAACAUAUCUGCAAAGGGCCUCAAUUGUGUUGUGCAUUCGACAAGCGUACCCGACAGUAUGCCAAGCACAUGCAGCAUAGGAUUGAUUCAAAUGGUAGUCAGUCAGCCACUGGAGGCCGCCCCGUGGUGCGUCUCUGCGCGGUGCUGAACAGUAGCGGAUAG